AUGACCGAGUGCACCAUUCCCAUCAUUAUAGAGCACACCAUAGAGAUCUGCCAGUUCCGCCCCAACACGAUCAAGCCGGGCCUCACCAUUUCUACUGAGACCUCAUCCGGCACCUCAGUCGGGUCAUUCAGGGCCUCUUUCAGCUGUCUUUCCAUCUCAUCCUCCUCGUCACUGUCAAUGAGGAUGCCUGCGUUCGACUACAUAACCACCCCGCUUAGUGGUGUACCUAUUGGGAGCAUUGAUGAAAAAAUGACAAGGCCAUACAUGGUCUGUCGUAUGCUUACCUUCCCCCUGGACAUGAGCCCAACCAACUAUGACCUCGCCUCACUGUUGCAUGCCCUCCACGAGUACUCUUCUGACUAUAACCUUGUCUCACAACAAUCUUACUAG